CUUCUCCCGGAAGAGACAAAUAGGUAGAAGGGUAGAAAGAGAGACUCUGUUUUUAUUGCGCCCCGUCUUUGUGUCUAAACUGGGUCAGAACUGUAAUCCCGGCCAGGUGAUCCGCAGACAAAUCGUGGCCGCCAGAAGCCUGUCCAUUUCAACACCUCCGCCUAAUUUGGAACCAGACUUCAUGGCCGCCACUGACAUCCGGCUGAUGCUGGGGGGCAUGGAUGAGAGAGUGGGCCAGAAGUACAGUGGACUGGGGGAGGGGGACGACAGGGCACACGUGUAUGCCAUACAGGACCUGGAGAUUGGGGGAGUGUGCAAGUGCAACGGACACGCUGGCAGGUGUCAGUUGAAUGAGGAGGGCGAAUAUGUGUGUGCGUGCGAACACCAUACCAGUGGUCCCGACUGUGACAGAUGUGCGCCCUUCUUCAAAGACAGACCCUGGAAAAGAGCACAGCUGGACAACGCCAACGAGUGCCGCAUGUGUGAGUGCAAUCUGCAUGCGAGGCAGUGUCGCUUCAACAUGAAGGAGUACAUAGAGAGUAGAUUUGUGAGUGGGGGAGUGUGUAGAAAGUGUAAGCACAACACUGCCGGCAACCAUUGUGAAGUGUGCAGAGAUGAGUACUACAUCAAUCCACAUGUGGCUAUCGACUCCAAAGACAGAUGUGUGGCUUGUGACUGCAACACAAGUGGGAGUAAGAACAGAGUGUGCAACCAGAAGACGGGUCAAUGUCAGUGCAAGGACCACGUGGUGGGAAGGACAUGUCACAAGUGCGCAGAGGGAUACGUCCAGGGAUCCAGUCCGUUCGCACCCUGCAUACCGGCCUCUGUGAGUUCCCCCGUGUUCGAUCCCUCUCUCCUCUGUCACCCGCGGGUAUGCAAGAGCGACGACCGGAAACUGUCCAAGACCAGAUAUUGCACACAGUCAUACAUUUUCGCCGGUCGCCUCAUUGAGCGUCGUCAGAUCAACACCUGGUUCCAGUUCAACAUCGAAGUGCCCCACGAAUGGCUGUUCCGACACCCCCCUGACUUCGUCUACAACCCCAACAAGCCCCUCACUGUAUUCAUAGAGCAGAUCAUGAUUUCGUGUCAGUGUGGAGACAUGGAGAUAGGGAGAGAUUAUGCGUUGUUGAUUGAUACCAGUGACUCAUACUACGCACAGAACACUUUCCACGUUAAAAAUUACGACACUGUCCUUCCCCUCAACAAAAUGCGACUGAAGAAACUCAAAAAUCUGCACUCUAAACAGAACCUCGGAAAAUGCAGAGCUUACGAGUACUCAUCGCCAUAAUAAACUAAGCGCAAUACACUUUUCUAUUUUGCCAAAUCAUCUGGAGAAUCUUGGUCUCGAUAACAACAGUCCUUGAAGCGAAUCCCGCUAGUUUUGAUUUUUCAUUCUCCAGAUGACGUGAGAUGAAUUUUAAAAAUGAAUGUAAUUAGAAGUACCUAUUUUUGCAUUGUUUUAACAGACGCCAUUAAUCUUAGUUCUAAACCGAUUGAAUGAUAGUUUAUGUUACUUGUGAAAUAGAAAAUAUUAUCUAUGAAUACUAUUAAUAAGUAAUAACUUGGUCUGCGAAGUGUUCAGAUGCACACUUUACUUUGAUUUGGAUGGAUUAAUUUUUCUAAAUUGUGUAAAAUUGUAUUCUAUCAGAGGAAUCAGAUUGUGUAUUAAA